GAGAGAGAGAGGAAACGCGCGCGAGGGCUGCGGUGCCUGUUUUCCGUUUGAAGACGUUACUAGGGCACAGGUGCAAUUUUUUCUAGGUAAUGGUCGGGAAAUGGGGUUGAUACCCUAUAAUUGAUGGAAAACCUAAACGGCAACCUAAUCUCCUCCACUCUCUCCUCUCCCUCUCUUCCCUAGAAGACGUCCGCAUCGGAUCAUAAGAUGGCCAAGCCGAAACCCUCUCCGGCAACCCUCUUCAAAUUCGCAGUCGCAACCCUCCUCUGUUUCAGCACCACCUCCAUCCUCGCCGGCAACCCCUCUUCUCCCGACCCCAUUUCCGACAUGGAAAUAAGCGAGAGGAAACAGGCUUGCUAUGCCGACAUUGAGAGUGGGCUGUGGGGAACACGAUGCAGGUCAUCGUCGAUCGAGAAGGAGAAUUGCGCCCUGAAAUGUACAUCCGCCGUCUGCUAUGAGCUCGUAUACGAGAGCGAUCCGCUGGAAGAAGGAGAGAUCGACAGAAUACGGAGCCAGGAGUUCAGAUACUGCAUGCGCAGGUCAUCAGUGGGACUGAAUCUGGAUACUGUGAAGGGAGCAUUUGAUAACGAGGUGAUUGUGAGGCCUUCUGCUUUCGCUUUGCCAGGAACAGUGAGAGUCACUUAGCUUAGAGUCAAUAGAUCGGUGUUUAAAGCCAUCGUUCUGUAUAGAAGUUACGGACGUGCGGGUGACAGUUUGGAUUAUAUCAUGUCAUGCGUCAUGAUGCGAUCAACGCCUUUGACUCUACGUCAAUUUACCUGAUGAAAUAUUUUCUCAAAUACAAGAGGCUCCAAGUACAUAUGUACAUG